GAGUUUUUUAAGGCACUGUUUGACUAAAACCAGUAGUGAAAGAGGGAGAGAAGAAAGAGAGGAGAAACAGAUCUGAAAUCAAAGAAACUCUUUCAAUUAGCGGUCUUAUCAUCAAAUCAUGAUCUAAUUGACCAUCUCCCUCUUUCUCUUUCUCUCUCAUAUAAUACCCACAAACCCCAAAAACCCAAAAUCCCCCAAAAUGCCUAGACCUUAUUUUCACAAGUUAAUUCUCUCAAACACCAUUAAAGACAGGAAACUGAGGAUCCCUGAUAAUUUUGUCAGAAAAUUUGGAAAUGACUUAUCUGCUUUUGGAAGACUCAGUGUUCCUGGUGGUCCUGUUUGGCCUGUUGGAUUGAUAAAAGCUGAUGACAAAUUUUGGUUUCAUGAAGGAUGGCAAGAAUUUAUGGAACGCUAUUCUAUACGUAUUGGUUAUUUUUUGGUUUUCAGAUAUGAAGGGCAUGCAGUUUUUACUGUUCAUAUAUUCAAUUUGUCUGCUUCUGAGAUAAACUAUCAAUCUAAUGCUCUAAGUGGCAGAAGAUAUCUUGUGUUUGAAGAGAUGGAAGAUGAUGACUUUAUCGAACACUUGAGCUCCUCAUCUCCGUGCUUAAUUCCCAAUUCUUUGAAAAGUAAGGUUUUUGAUGAACGUCUUGAUCAAAUGACAAUUAAAAAAAGUUGCAAUCCUCCAGCAUUGCAGAAUUUGUUCCAUGAGUCUAAACUUAACUACAUAAAUUGGUCUGGUGAAGGGAACCUGCACUUGUCAAAGGGUGCUAGUAUUUCACACAUGGUGGACCAAGAUACUCGAGAUGUUGGUGUUCAGUUUAAUGCAAUCGAGGGGAAAAAUUGCAUAGAAGAUGUGAAAUUUUAUAGUCCAGAUGGAGUGGGAGAAAUGCAAAAACCUAAAAAACAAGGGAGAAAAAAGCGGAAACUUGAUCCCAAUGAGCAGCAUCCAUCAUCUCAACAAGAAGAUGAAGCUGACGUGCGCUUUAGAUUUUAUGAAAGUGCUUCAGCAAGAAAGCGAACUGUGACUGCUGAAGAAAGAGAAAGGGCGAUAAAUGCAGCAAAAACAUUCGAGCCAGUCAAUCCUUUCUGCAGGGUUGUCCUGCGACCAUCUUACCUAUACAGGGGUUGCAUUAUGUAUUUGCCAUCUUGCUUUGCUGAGAAGCAUCUACAGGGGGUUUCAGGAUUCAUUAAACUUCAGUUUUCUGAUGGGAAACAAUGGCCUGUCCGAUGCCUUUAUAGGGGAGGUAGAGCUAAAUUGAGCCAAGGGUGGUAUGAGUUCUCAUUGGAAAAUAAUUUGGGGGAAGGAGAUGUUUGUGUCUUUGAGCUGCUGAGAUCAAGGGAUAUUGUGCUGAAAGUUACCGUAUUCCGUGUUCUUGAAAAUGCUGGACGUAUGAAUCGACCUUGACAACAAAAUAUUAGCUGCACCAAGAUAUAUAUAAGUUGAUGGCUGGUAAAUUUCGGAAUUAGGAAACUUUGUCAGGCAGCUCUUUCUUUUUGGGUGAUUGUCAUUGCUCUGGUUUUCAUACUAAGAUAUCCAAUUGUUGUUUGAUGUCUAUUACUUUUCAGAGCAAAAUAGUGGAGCUUUCCAUUGUUUAGAUGUUUCAAUAGAUAAUUUCCUGGCUUUAUAGGCCUGUAAAUAGAAUGUCCAGUCGAGUGAUAAGCAUAGCAAAUCUUAGGCCUAAUUUAUUGUUAGUACCAUUGGUUUUCAAAA